AUGGAAUUAAAAAACAACAAAAAAGAAAUUAUUGAAUUUCUGAGAAUGUUGGUUGGUCACAUCUUAACCAUUCAUUUCUGUUACUUGAGUGUAACACUGGCAGAGUUCAACGUUUCAGAUGCCUACAUCGGCUGUUUCAAAUUCAUCAGCUUCAAUAAUUCUCAACCUAUUGUCGUUAAUAGCAUUGAAGAAUGUUCCAGAACUUUGACUGACCUGGGAAGCACUCACAUGAUCGCCUUAAUGAGAGGAAGAGAUUGCUUCUGCGUCGACAGGGUGGAUGCUGCUGUAGCUUCAUCUCAGUGUCACGUCCGCUGCCCAAAUGGCCGGGCGUGCGGUGCGAUGGAUACUUAUUCAGUAUACAAACAUCGGCGAAUGCUGUUACACGAUGCUGCUUACUUUUUCACUGAAGAUUACCUACCUGUUUUAAAACGGUUUACUUCGGUCUCUUUAGAAACGUGUGCAUUUUAUUGCAUACAUGUCGGAUCUCCCUUUUUUAGUGUACAUCCUAACGGUUUGUGCAAAUGCGUAUAUUAUAUUCAAUUUACGUUGCCAUUAAAGCCGGAUGUAUUUGAAUGCAAUGUGAGGUGUCCGCACGAUGAGAACGAGAUUUGCGGUUGUCACCAAGAAAGUGGCCAAGACAAUAGUGCGGUCUACCUGACUUUUUUCAAAUAUGGGAACCUUUUGCUCGCUGUCAAAAUGAGGAUCCAGAAACAGACGUUUUUAACGUUCCAGAAACAUGCACAGACGGAUGCAGGGAGGGAUGGAAAAACGGUAGGAAGCCAUGCACCGAAAGAGAUUGCUCAGUCAAGAACGGAGACUGCGGAGGAUUGA